CAUCAUUUCUUUUUUCACUGCUAAUCAAUAACGAUGUCUUUAAAUCUUGCAGGAAAGAAGUUCUUGGUCACAGGUGCAAGCCGUGGAAUCGGUCGGGCUCUCUCGAAGACUUUAAGUGAACAAGGAUGUAAAGUUUAUGCUUUAAGUCGUACACAGGAGACAUUGGAUACUUUGGCGAAAGAAAACACGAACAUACACACGAUUCAAGCAGACGUUAGUAAUUGGGACGAAUUGAAAGACAAACUUGCUGGUAUUGAAGUUCUCGAUGGUUUAGUAAAUAAUGCCGCCCUAACAGAGGAAAUAUCAGGCCCUGUAUUGGAUGUUUCUAAAGAGUUUUUACAAAAGAGUUUCCAAACAAAUCUAUUUGCGUCAAUAAACACAACACAGAUUAUAGGAAAGAAAAUGGUUGCUGCUAAAAAGCCAGGAUCGAUUGUGAAUGUGUCUAGUGUAUUUUCUCUACAGAGUUUCCCACAUCAUUUAGCUUACGAUUCAUCGAAGGCAGCUCUUGAUAUGGUCACGAAGCAGUUUGCUUUGGAGUUAGGACCGUAUAAUAUACGGGUAAACAGUAUUAAUCCAACUCUUGUUAUGACUGAGAAUGUGAAAAAGUUUAUUAAAGAGUUGUCACCAUUCGAUGAACUUAUUAUCGGCAAGACACCAUUGGGGCGACUCCCAGAGAUGAAAGAAGUAAUUUUCCCAAUGCUAUAUCUCCUCAGUGACUUGUCGUCUUGUGUUUCUGGAACAACACACAUCGUAGAUGGAGCAAUGAUGUCAUCUUUUGUAACAAAAUUCUAGUGUAGUUUAACUGUGAUUCAUUCUUGAUGGUUCCUGUCAUAAACACACAGACACAGUCAAUGAAAUAAACAUAAAAAUGACAUUUUAAAGCUUUAUUAGCAAGCACAGCAGGACAUGUUUUACCGCGUGUGAUUUCUUUAUCUUUAAGACAUACUUGUACUUUUUAUACUGUCUAAUAAAUUAUAAUAGAUAAUGACCAA